AUGGCCCUGCAUGAUAGACGUUACAAAUUCACGAAUGUGGUGGAUAUGAUGCUCAGCAACCCCAUGGGUCGUCCGGAAUCAAAGCCGUUGCAAAUCGACGCCCGAACGGGAGAAACCAUAACCCUGAACCAUCUGCGGCAUUUGGUGGGCGCCAUCCAUGCAGGUCUGCGUCGCUUCGGUUUGAAUAAGGGCGACACUGUUUGUCUUUACUCUCCAAACAAUAUUAACAUGGCUCCAAUUUAUAUGGGAACUAUGGCUGCUGGCAUGACGAUCAGCCCAGCAAAUACAUCGUACGUGUCGGCCGAGCUACAAAGACAACUGACCGUGGGUGAAGCAAAGAUUCUUAUUGCUCAUCCUGUUAACUUGGAAACCGCGCUGGACGCUGCAGCUGCCGUUGGCAUGCCUCGAUCACAUGUUUUCUCCAUCGUCCCUGAUCCUAAACAACGUGUCCGAUACUACCGAGAUGUACUUGUGGAUCAUUUACAACCUGAGCUCCCGCCCAUUAAGAUGACGCACGAGGAGAGUAUAAACACUGUUGCGUACCUGUGUUUCUCCAGUGGUACCACUGGAAGAAGCAAGGGCGUUAUGACAAGCCAUUACAAUGUCAUUGCCAUGGUGUUGGAAACCAACAAUUAUGCGGGUAUUUUUGCGGAUCCGACAGUCAGCUCUACAUCGCUUGCAGUUAUUCCGUUGUAUCACUUCAGUGGCAUUAGCUCCUUCUUCAAUAUGGGCAUCCCAGCUGGCAGCACCACUGUAAUUCUCGAGAAAUACAGCGUCAGAGCCAUGUGUGAAGCAAUCCAGACGUUCAAGGUUACUAGUUUGCCCGUCGCUCCACCCAUUGUGAUUCAUCUUGUCAACCGUCCCGAAGUGAAGGAGUAUGAUUUGUCCAGUUUGGAGCGUGUUGGUACCGGAUCAGCACCUAUUGCAGCAAGCGUAGUUACGCGAUGCCAGGAAAAGUUCAAGGUCUACGUCGGACAGGGUUAUGGUAUGACCGAGGUCUCACCUGUCAUCACAUACCAAAUGCCAGAGUGGGCCAAACCCGAUUCGAUUGGUCGUGUUAUUCCCAUCAUGAACAGUAAGAUUAUAGAUUCCGAAGGCCGAGAGGUGGGUCUCGGUGAGCCAGGUGAGCUGUGCGUCCAAGGGCCAAACGUUAUGCUUGGAUACAAGGGCGAUCCUGAAGCCACAGCCAAUGCUAUUGAUAAAGACAACUGGCUGCACACCGGUGAUAUUGUGAAGAAGGAUGCCGAUGGCAACCUGUAUAUCGUGGAUCGUAUCAAGGAAUUAAUCAAGUACAAGGGUUUCCAAGUGGCUCCCGUCGAGUUAGAAUCCGUUUUGCUACAAUGCCCCUAUGUCUCAGACGCAGGCGUUAUUGGUAUCGACGAUGAGUCCCAAGGCACUGAAGUUCCAAUGGCAUUCGUGACGCUUCCAGAGAAACUAAAGGGACAGGGCAACAGUGGUGUGUUGGCAAAGAAGAUCGAAGAGUGGGUGGAUGAGCGCGUAGCAAACCACAAGCGACUUCGAGGAGGUGUCCGUAUUAUUGACGAAAUUCCCAAGAGCGAAGCUGGAAAGAUCUUGAGAAAGGAUAUGAAGGAUAUUUAUAAAAAGCAGCAGCAACAGCUCGGAGAGCGCGCAUCCAGAUUGUAA